AGCAUGUGGAGCAUGUGCAGCCGCAGUGUGAAAAUGAUCGCAAUGCCGUGAGCAUGACUGGAGCUCAGCGAGCGAGAGAUGAUUCAUUCAGUCAGGCCGCUUUAUCACAUGUGGGCGGAGCGUUCCAAAUGCUGCGCGCCUAUUGGCAGAGACCACCGGUGAUUGACGUGAGGCAGCCCCUCCCAUCUUCUACCCUGGUUAUUGGCACUUUAACGAAUCCCGGCCACUGCCUCGGUGUCUGUGCGCGUUGACAGACCGAUGAGACUGUUUUAAAUAGACUGUCGCUUCGUUUUCAGCGUCUAUGACACAUCGCCCGUGGUAAUUAGCUACUGAAGCGGACUAUUCUGACUCGAGGAAUGCUAGAUUAAGUGCUGUUGCAAAUGCACUUCUCGUGAACUUUUUCUCGGCAAAUCUGUCUUCUUGGUUUGUUACUAUGGCUGAGAAACGACGGUCCCCGUGUACUAUGAGCCUCAAAGCGCACGCAUUCUCGGUAGAAGCGCUUAUUGGCACAGAGAAAAAAAGAAAGCUGGAGGAGGACAGCGAGAACUGUUUUGAGGAGGUAAACGAAGUGUCGAAUCUGACAGAAAGCCCGCAACCCCGGACUGGGAGAACUUGUGCAAGCACCAGGAGUUGCGAGACAGACUGCGCAAGCGACGAAUCCCCGGAGUCUGAGGACGUGUUGUUGGAUAGCCCACAACCUGCAUCCCAAAGCUCGCAGGUCCUCGUGCAAUCAGGCACGAGCUCCGGAGAGGAGAUGCGCGUGGACCUGCAGGGCUCAGAUUUAUGGAAGCGAUUCCACGAGAUAGGAACUGAAAUGAUCAUCACCAAAGCCGGCAGGCGAAUGUUUCCCGCGAUGAGAGUUAAAACUGCGGGACUGAAUCCUCAUCAACAGUAUUAUAUCGCUAUGGAUAUAGUUCCUGUCGACAACAAACGGUACAGGUACGUGUACCACAGCUCGAAGUGGAUGGUAGCGGGUAACGCCGACUCUCCUGUCCCUCCGCGCGUCUACAUUCACCCUGAUUCGCCUGCUUCCGGUGAGACGUGGAUGCGCCAAGUAAUAAGCUUUGACAAACUUAAACUGACCAAUAACGAGCUCGACGAUCAAGGCCAUAUCAUUCUGCAUUCUAUGCACAAGUACCAGCCCCGUGUCCACGUCAUCCGUAAGGAGUGCGGUGAAGAACUCUCACCCGUUAAGGCGGUUCCCACUGGGGACGGUGUCAAAGCAUUUUCCUUUCCUGAAACUGUCUUCACGACGGUGACUGCAUACCAAAACCAACAGAUAACAAGACUGAAGAUCGACAGGAACCCAUUUGCAAAAGGAUUCAGAGACUCCGGAAGAAACAGGAUGGGACUAGAGGCUCUGGUUGAGUCGUAUGCAUUCUGGCGGCCCUCACUGAGAACUCUGACAUUUGAGGACAUCCCUGGAAUCACUAAACAAGGUACCAUAUGUGGAGCUGGAUCUCACGGUGUUGUAGGGUCUUCAGGACACACGCAUCUGCUGUCCCCGUCUUCAUGCUCUUCCCCUACAUUCCACCUGGGUUCUGGAGCAGGGCCGGUGUGUGAUUACUCCACCUGCAGUCGAACAAGCCAUCCACUCCAUCGCUACGCCCCUCCCCUCUCCGUAGACUCCUACAGUCGAUUGGCCAGCCCAGCAGCGGAUGCGUUUUCCACUACUCGGAGCUCCACGUAUGUGAGCGGGACCGAAGGUGAAGCGUUCUCGUGCACACAGACUGGCCUGCCAAUCCAGAUCCACAGCAUGCCAAGCACAACCUCCCAGCUGCAAUACCUAAUGCCCAGCCACACCCAUAAUGCAUUUUCCACCAAUCAGAGCGCACAGGGAUCCUAUAACGGGUUGCGCCUGCACAGUCCGUAUGGUCUGUAUGGUUACAACUUCUCCACUUCUCCCCGCCUGGCCACCAGCCCUGAAAAGGCAGCAGCUACGCAAACGUCAUUCCUUGGCUCCUCCCCUAGCGGGACGCUGACGGACAGGCAGGUUCUAUCCAGUGUGGACAGUCUGCAGAUGCUCAAUAGUAGUCAACAGAAUAUUUUUGACUCACGGACUUUGGGGCUGACCACCUCCACCUCCCAGGUAACAGCUCACAUGGCUUGACCUGCAUCCCAAAAACUUUGUCGGACUUCAAACUCAGCUAAGAAUGUUUUCUUUGAGUAUAAUCUAGUUUUUGGGACUAGUCAAUAGCAUAAUUUCUAAUCUGUUGGAGGUUCUUCAAGCAAAUCUGCAAUAUCAUUUAUGUUUUGUGUAAAUGACAGCUGAAGAUUACAUUGAGGAUAUUUUUAAUACACUUUAUAUCUUAAAAAUCAUUCUGAUGAAGCGGCACAGACCAUUAUUGGACACCAGGGUACGGAAAUGCCUGAAGAGUCAUGUGAGAAACCCAGAAAACACUUUACAGACACAGUUUCACGGCAUAAAAGGACAUCAACCAUCUGAUCACAUCAAGUUUCAAUGAGACCCAUGAACUGCUGGUAGAAGUGUAAGGAGUUUAACAGAUGACUUUUGUGAGGCUGGACUCAGCAUCUUACAGACAAUAAAACAGAGUUUGGCACUUAAAAGUGAGCAGACUGAAAAAAGACACAAAGUGAUGUCACAAACAGUGACACAGUUUGCUAGGUGACAAUCAGCAACUAUGUCAAACAUCUUACUUGUUUGUGCUGAGAUUUUCAGCACAGCCAAUCAGCAUCUAUGGCAGGUAAUAUGUUUUAAACUGAAACUGGACUAGGAAAAAGGAAACGUUUACAAAUUCCAACCAAGUCGAAGGGUUUUGGUCUGGAUCAGCACAGCUGUCUGAGUCUUGGAACAGACAGGGCUGAAUGAAAUCUGAUCCGAGAUGAUAAUUCUCACACUUUAUAAAUACAACCAUUGGCAUUCUUCAGAAGGAUUAUAGUCCUGCCACGAGAUACAUGCUGAUUUCAGGUCAGCUGUCUCGCUCUCAAUCCAAGGACUGAAAAGAAUGCUUUUCCUUUGCGGACAUGUUAGCUUUUGCUAAUUUACUUUCUAAAUGUAAUUUUUCACAAAUAUGGAGAAUAUGAAUAUUACUGAUACUGUGUAAAGAUUUCACUUGCACUUACGGCAAUUUUAAAUACUUGCUUUUUAAUAUUUAGGCUUUUUUGCCAGUGUGGCCACAAUAGACACUUCCUCCAUGUUUGACUAUUGUUGGCUUGAAAAUUUGAAAACCCUUUGAGCCAAAUAAAAAUAUAUCCAUAUGCUAAAGGAUAAUCAUGGCGUGUGUGCCUGUGUGUUUUAGCAUCAGAUGCUUCUCUUAGGGUCAGGCAAAGGUUCUGAAUGCCUAACAAAUGAAAAAUACCACCAGGGGCUCCAGGAGAGGUGCACACACACAAACAAAAUUCAUGCACACACAGACGUACAGUUUGAACUUGAAACCUUACAGUUUAAAUAAAAAAGUGAACUUUUGUCACUGAAAGAUCA